AUGGUACAUGAUAAGCGUAGAGAUGGCUCUCCUUUGGAGUUGCCUCUAAGGCUUCAGUUGAUAAAUCCUGUCAAGUCUAGAGCGGUACAGGAAUAUAUUUCCUCGCUUGUAAAACGGCCUCCAAGUAUUCACCAACCAUGUUACAUCCUUGGUUCAACUUCGGUUACAUUGACACUACCACCACUGAACGUCUUUCCAGAAGAAUUCCAAACAUUUCUGUACCAAGACUUGAUUGAUAAACAGAUGUUAGCAACACUGUACAAUGCUGGAGAGCUAAAUUGGUGUUCCGCUGUGAAAAGGGUACUCCCACUUCAAACCACAGCUGAUGGAAAUUGUUUACUUCAUGCGGUGUGCAUGGCAAUGUGGGGAAUUGAUGACAGUAAUCUGUUCCUGCGACGACAUCUAUAUCGCGGCCUGGUAGAAACUGAAGAAUUCACAGAGAGCAUGAAAAAACGAUGGGAGAAUGAAAGAAAGAAGCAGGACGUUGCUAUUCCAGGUGGUGGUCUGCGCUAUAAUUCUACACAAUGGAAUGGUGAAUGGGAAACAAUGAUAAGGAUUGCUGCAGCAGACAGAAAACCAGCAAGUGAUGGGGGACUUCCUUAUGAAUGCCUGGAUGAAUUUCACAUAUUUCUUCUCUCUAACAUCAUUAGAAGACCAAUUAUAGUGGCUGCAGAAAAGAUGUGGCGUGACUUGGAUGGUCAUUCGUUUCAGCCGCAAAACUUUGGCGGUGUCUAUCUUCCACUCUGUUGGGAACCAAAAGACUGUGUAAAAACACCUCUUUUGUUAGCUUAUGAUUCCAUGCAUUUCACACCACUUGUAUUCCAAGAUUCUUGUAAUAUUGGGGAACUAGAGUCCAUGACUGAAGGUUUAGAAUAUGCUUUCCCAAUUGUCAAGAAAGACCAGACACCCUUAAUUAUUCAUUUUCUCCUUGAUGACGAAGAAAGGCAAGCAAUGGAUCUGCUGCAAAAUUACCUGAGUAUCAAAGAACUCUCCAGUCAACAUGGUGGUAAAUCAGAGAAAAUAUUGUGUGCACUGAUGCAGCUUGAUUCUCUCCCAGAGGAACUGAAUCUCAUUCGUGAUAUAUUCAACUUAGCUGAGUCACAGUAUCGAACUUAUUUAGAACGUGAGUUUGGUGGUGACGAUGCUGUGCCAGGUGUUCCUGAGAAUGCUUCAGGUGGAAGAAAACAGCCUCAACAAUGCGCCAUGGAAAACUGUGUAAAGAUAGGUGACUGGACUCCUGGUGAUGGUAUUUGUGAUGACUGUCUGAAACAGUUGCAAGGUAAUUCACUUGUUCAUCAAGGCAGUGAUCAAGACUUCACUAAACAGGUCAGGAAGGUUGAAACACAGCUCUUAAAGGCUGGUGAAGACGAGAUCAGUGAUGGAAGAAAUAUUCUACAAACAAGCCAAUACUCACUCAAAGGUUCUCCAAUUGGAGCUGUGUCUGGCGCAGAUGCUGGUGUUCCAUUCCCCCAGAGGCCAGAAACUGUUGUUAGAUUGCCAACAUAUGAGGAAGUUUUGAAAGAACAGAAAAGUAAAGUUCCCAAACCAGCUGAAUAUAUUCCUUCCAUCUUACCAGUUAAAUGUGAAACCCUCAACUGCCCAUUUUUCUGCUCUAUCAGCACAGGGAAGCAUUGUCACGAAUGUUAUGAUAAGGUAUCAAGAACGAAUCUAAAGCCAUCCAACCCUGCCCAGAAACCAGCUGAUAAAUGUAUUACCCCAAGUUGCAUGAAUGUUGGAUUUCAUGAAUGGAAUAACCUCUGUAAAGUUUGUUGGGAUCAGUCAGUCUUUGACAACCAAGGUUCAGAACCGCCUUUGGAAGCCACUGCUCCCCCUCCUAGUGUCAAUGUGUUGAGAUCUGCCAGUGUAUCUACACCCCUCAUACAUUCGAGUCAUGUAAAUCUCAUUGAUGAGGAAAGGAAGUCUAGUAGCCUGCCAUCAUAUGGUGUUGGUAAACUAGGAGUUGGCACAGGAAAGUGCAUUAUACCUGACUGUCCUAUGACCAGUGAUCCAAGAUGUAAUGGAAUGUGCGAACGAUGUUCCAGAGAUCAACUAAAGGUCUAUGAGCAGUGUAGGCAGGAUAGAAAACCAGCAACAGCAAAGAUAGCUGCAGCCUCUCAUGUGAAUGCUGACCCCUCAGACAACAAAAACAAAGAUGUCUUAAAAUGCAAGAAAGCAGGAUGUGAGAUGUAUGGGGCUGCUCACACUGGUGGAUUCUGUUCUAAAUGUUAUUGGGAUGAACAACUAGAAAUACUUAAUCUGAGUCCUGGUUUGCACAAACCUGAGAGAGAUUUUCGACAUGCUCGUAAAUACUACAAAUGCACUACUCCUACUUGCACUAGGACAGGUUUUGAAUCAAAUGGUGGUUUGUGUAAUGAAUGUGCUGGCGUAGAGUUCCCUCCACUCAAUCAAAUCCCAGCACAAAAACAUGAAGAAGCAGUUCCUGCAGUAAGUCCACUCAGCAGAGCAGAAGGUGUAACAGUAAAACAAAAGACAUUCAAAGUUCAGAAACAUUUGUGUGUCAAUCCAGGUUGCAAUGGUGUCCGAAUAGUAUAUGAAGUUGCUAAUGGGAUGUGCCUCCAGUGUUACAGAAAAGCCACCAAUAAACUUGUAAAAGAAACAGAAGCUCUUGCAAGACCUCAGAAACAUGUUUCAGAACAAAGAACCAAAAUUGCAGCUGCUUGUACUAUUCCAUGUGUUAACCCAAACUGCGACAACAUGGCCAUAUCAGAAGAUACUAAGCUUUGCCAGAGAUGUUUUAAUGUCUUGGAAGCUGCAACUGCCCACAGCACUAUGAAGAACACCACAAAAGAAGAUAGAAAGAAACCAAUCAAAAGAACAUCUGAAUCAAGCUUGCGAUGUGCUAAUUCUGAAUGUUCUGGCUUCCGAUGCCAAGGUACCCAAGGCUUCUGCAGAAUAUGCUUCAAUAAAUUCUGUGAAAGAGAACCAAGAGAAGUUCGUCCACCUCAACCACGCAAACAGAAAUGUCAGGCUGCAUGGGGAUGUGAAAUGUAUGGAAGCCCAGCAACAAACAAUCUCUGUUCCCAGUGUUUCCGCAGAGAGGCUGAGAUGCUGAAAUCUGGAAGAUCUGCAAUGUACCAUCAACAAUUCCCUGCUGAGAAUAAUCCCCAAAAUGGAAUGGGUAGAAUUUAUGAUGAACAAUGGGGGGAACCAUAUCAUCCCAGAAAAUGUGUUACACCUGGUUGUCAUUAUGAAGGCAAUCCAAAUAUACUGGAUGGGUUGUGUGAUCAUUGUUAUCAUGUGUAUAGAGAUAUCCAGCAAGCCCCUGAAUACACCAAAUUCACCCCAAAACACAAAGAACUGGUGGUAGUGCCUGGAGAUACUCGCCCAACUUGUCGUUAUGAACCUUGUGACCAUUAUGGUAAUCCAAAAUGUUUUGGCUAUUGUAAUGAGUGUUUUGAAGUCUUGCUUAUCAACAUGCCUGGAAUGAUGGGUAAAACUAAAAUUGCCCACUGAAUUGGUGACAUAUACCUGAAAUGAGGUGUUGGUGGUUAUAUUGCUUGUCAAGCUUUCAUUGCAGUGUACUUGCAGCUUGUGUAUCUCUAAGUCAAUACUUGACAUAGUAAUUAUAUUGAAAGAUGAGUAAUUAAAGUAAGUAAGUAAAGAUUUCCAAAUUGAAUUCCCCUCGAUAUUCAGUCUGACCAUCAUACCAUUCUAUAUAAAUUGAGUUCCCCCUAAAUAUUUGUUCUGGUCAUCAUAGAAUACUUCCUGUAUUAAAAAUAAAUUUAUGACUAGGCAUUGUAAGUUUCAAAUUCCGUUUAUUAUUAUAUUUUGUGACUAGUCUCGAUCUGAAAAUAUAUUAUCCUAUGAUGGAUUUCAAUUUGUGAUAACUUACUUGAGGAAACAAAAAUAUGUCACACUGUAGAUGUGUCAUUGGGUUACUGUCACCGGGUUGUAUGAUAGCAUUUACAUGAAUGUAUGAAAAACAGCAGCAGUGUGCUAUUCAAGUCAUGUGACGAGUUAAGUGAAUAGUUUUGUUGAAGUAUUUGAAUGUUCAAUAAUUUGUCCCUAUUAUUCAAAUUAACACCUUGUGAGGGAUUGAAGUUUAUUGAAAGUAAAAUACAAUUUAUCAAAUAAAAAACCAAUAAAAACAUAAAAAAAUAUUAUUUGUCACAACUCAAGUUUAGUUUAGCUCACUCAUUAGCUCAGUCUUUAAUCUUGUUAUAUUAUCCAAUGUAUUUCAUACUACCCAAGAUAUUUUAUUUUACAUGAUAUUUUAAUUUCGAGGUCAAUGUUAAGGUAGUACUAUGAAAACAUUGUUUGCCUAUGCAGGUAAAAUAAUGAUUAGUAUUACA